AUGUCGACUUCGAUAGCAGACAGGCCAACCGCCAUGUUAAGCUGGGAGAAGGAAGCGGUGCAGGACCUGGAUUGUGUUUAUCAAUCUAAAUCAACUCCUGAUCGCGGUGAUGUGGAUGCAGUAUGGCAAAGCAUGUACGAGAAAGGCCUGAAGAGAAAAGUAAGUCAGUUCUCUCUUCCUCCCCAAGGUAUUGAAAUCAACGGAAAUUCAUCCGAUUUAAACUGUAUCCAAAAAGACACUGAGCCACGAAGAGAUCUAGCCACGAUCCAUCUGGAAAGAGCGCGUAAUUUGGGUAAACUGGGAAUGGACGAAGGAAGAAGAUAUCGGAAACGUGCCUACUCCGCGAACAGCUGCCCUGGUGAUCAACAGCACUGCCAUGCUACUCGCCAUCACGAUUUCAGUAUAUAA